AUGGAAAAAACAAGAAUAGAGGCGCUCUUUAUUUACGAUGAAGAUAUAAAAAAAACUGAUAAGUCAAUGACAGAUGAGGAAUUGCAAGCAGCGAAGGUUAUAUAUUAUUUUCCUCAUGAAAUAAAUGAGAAUAUAAAGGUUUCUCAUACUAGUACUAUGGAAGGAAUAUCAUCAUUUAUAAAUCAAUUUAGUAAACAUCAUAUUGAUUAUAUUAUAACAAAAGAAAAUUUAAUGGUUAUAAAAAAAUGGUAUAAAGGAAUUUAUGUUGUUGCUAUUGUAAAAAAUAUCUACAAAAAUAAUAAAUUAGAAAUGUUAAUGUGUAAAUUAUUACAAUCUGUUCUUAAUAAUUUUAUUUCAAUAUUUACUUUAUUACAUGGACAUAUUCGUAACUUUUUAAAAUACAAAAAAUAUAACACAACAGAUAAUAUAAAUAAAAAACACUCCCUCCAAACCAUAUUAGAUGAUUAUGUUUUUACAUAUAUAAAUACUAUAAAUAAUGAAAAUAUAAGUAUACACAAUGAACUUGAGAGUUUUCAUUUUUUCCCUGUGGAAAAACAUACUUAUGUAACUGUGCAGAACUUUAUAUCAUCCCUUAUAUUGGGAAAUAAACAAAUUAAAAAUGGUGGCUUGUUUUAUGAGGGUUAUUUGAUAUAUUCUAGUUUAGCAAUGAGCGACAUCAAAAUUAUUUACAAUUACCUUGUAUCCUACAGCGGAGUUGUAAAUAAUUUAAAGUUGACUCAAUAUCCGUUUAAGAAAAUAGCAUCCUCUGCAGCAAUAAAUUCUAAUGGAGGUUUGUCAAGCUUUGCAAGAUGUAAUACGUUAGAGGAAAAAAACGCUUAUCUUAUGGGGAUAAAAAAAUCGUCCGUAUUUAUGCCUGUGGUUACCCUCAGUGGUGAUAAGAAAUACAAAUUGGUUGUUUUUAUUUAUAAAGGAAUAUUAUUAAUGCUACUAUUAAAAGGUAGCACAAUAAAAGACGAAGAUUUUGAUGUUCUUAUAGAUAUUCAAAAUAAAUGCACAAAUGAAAAUUGUAAUAAUAAUAUCUAUAACUUAUAUAAAUUAAAUGAACAUUUAUCAAACCAGUUUAAAAAAUUUACAAGUCAAGAUGAUAACGUUAAAUUCUUUUAUUACAAUCAUUCGAAUAAUUCUGUUAAAUAUACAUUUAAUAAUAAAAAAAUAAAUAACGAUGAGUUGUCACUUAUUUCUUAUUUCCAUUUUUGUAUUAAAGAUAGUGAAAAUAAAUAUAAUCAGAUCAGAAUAAAUAAAAGUCAUUAUUCAAAGAAUAAAGAAACUACAAAUUUAUCUAACGAACUCUUUAAUUUUCAAAGGAACAUACAAAACAAUAUCAAAGAUGAAAAAGAACCUAAUUCUCUCAAUAGGAAUAAUAAUAAUACAGGUCUUAAUAUUACAUGUGAUGAUAAAACCAUAAGUGAAAAUAAUAAAAAUAUAAACAACAACAAUAUUAAUGAUGAUGAUCAUGAUGAUAUGACAAGUUGUAAUAAUCGUAGUGAUGGAUGUAAAGAAAAUAAUUCUUUAUCAUUAAACAAAAAUGAUCACAUACAAAAUAAUAUCUUAUCAAAUGAUAUAUACAAACAAAAGGAUCAAGAAAUAGAAAUUAAAAAUACUACUCAAUUUUAUAAUAAUCAACAAGACAAAUUAAUUCAAAAUAAUAAUAGUAAUAUAUCUAAUGAUGAUAAUAUAAAUAUAAAAAAACAAAAUGAAGCAUAUUAUAAUAAACCUAGUGUUAAUGGUCUUAAUAUUCAAAAUGAUAAAAGAGAAACAAUAGAUCAAGUCGAUAAAAAUAACUAUAAAUAUAAAAAUAAUAACCAAAAAAAAUCCUUAAGUGAAAAAAAUGAAUAUGAUACAGAAAAAAAAGAAGAAAAAACAAAAUUCAAAUUAAUAUAUAAUGAACAACUACAAAAAAAAAUAUUUGAUGAUAAUACUGAUGACGUAAAAAUUGAAAAAAUAUUUUUUAAAGAAGGAAAUUCACCAUGGAUAUAUGCACAGAAAUCUUUACAAAGAGAAUUAUUUAUUUUUCCUGAAGAUAUAAAAACAUCCCUAACAAAAGCUCAACAAGAAAUAAAUCAAAUAGUACAAAAUAAUUUUUCAAACAUAUAUAUAUAA